GUCUUGCUUGCUUCACGCGAUUGGAUGUUCGCUGGAAACGUCACACUUUGUGAACUAAACUCAGGAUCGAAACCACCGGAGUUAACGGAGAACGUUUAUAGGGAGCCUUUUAAAACCAUCGAACCAGAUCUAAAUCGUUUGGAUUUGUCAUCCCGAAAGCAAUUCUAAACACGAGUUUGUUCAGCUCUCAGUGAGACUGGUCUCUGCUUUGCUGAAUUAUCCCUGGUCUUAUGUUUUGCGUGUGUUACCAUAGGAACCGCUUUGCUGCGUUUGCGUUUGCUGCUUAUUUCAAACAAAAUCUUGUUUAUGUGAGGAAUGAUGGCCAGCGGAUCAAAAUAUAAGGAGUCCAGAAUCACUAACUACAGAACAGAGACACGACAAUUAAUACAAUUAAUGAUGCAAGAGUCUCGUCUAACGGACUUUCAACAGAGACAAAUCAAUAAUCAGCUGAAAAAUGGAGGCGCUCUUCCACUAACCUUUACCCCACUUGAGCAGAAAAAAGUGCAGCCAGAGCCCAGAGUCUCAAGAUUGACCUCAUUGAUUGGUCAUCAACAGAGGCGCAGUGCAGAAAGAUGUAGUGCUGGAGAUAAUUACAAACGAGAACAGUUUCAGCCUAGUGCAACACGGGAUCUAGAGAAAGAGAAGAGAAGGCUACAAAAUGUUCUUUCUACUGGUCAAACAGAUGCUGGGCCAACUCACUCCCAAAGAGACUCCACAGAAAGAAGAGAGCAACAGAUAGACAGAUUCCAAGAGGUUCUGGAUGAGAUUGAGGACAGGAGGCAGUUUUUAGAGGAGAUGAUGACAUUGGGAAAAGGUCACCAAUAUGAACACCUCAUCAACACAGAGAUUUCCCAGAAAAUUUGUGAACUUGAAGACAUUGACAGGAAACGCAGUGAAGAACUAAGGACCCUCAAUCUAAACGGAAAAGAGGAACUACAAAGCAAAUAGAGGGAUGGAGAAAGAGAAGGUGAUAACAUAAGGUGUUAGACAAAUAUGAGAAUUAAAACUUUGGAAGGUUUUUGUUUCAUGAAGUCAUUUUAUUUUUGAUGUCCAACAUCCUCAAAGCACUGACUGUUUUAGAGACAACAAAAAGCCCUUGGAGUUGAUCAGGUACAUGCACACUCUAAACAAACAAACAAACAAUACUGAAAUCUGAUAAAUACACAAACACUCAAAUACUUGCAGAUGACACACAAACUAAAAUGUCAACAAAAUAUUCAAAGACACUCAACAACCAAUGAGAGGACAUAUACAUAAAUUAAACAGAUUAAAGGCACUCCUUCAGAAAUACACUCCUACUUGGGUUUACAGAGAUUAAGGCCCAACACACAACAUGCGACAUUCUACAGUAAAAUAUGUAAAAUUAACUAAAACUUAAUAUUGCAUAAUCUCUUCAUGUCAGAGUCUUUAAAGGGUGAGGAACAUCUAUUAUUGUAUAACAUCAAAAACGUGCCUACAGUUACCGUUUAUGUGAGUUACAGUCUUUUUUUCUUUUAUUAAAAGGGUUUAGACUCAUUUUAAUGUUAUCUCUCAUUUUAACAUUUUUCUGUCAUCAAUGCUUCUGGGUGCUCAGCGGUCUGAUCACUAUGUAACAAGCUUAAUGACAUUUCAGAGGGUCAUUAGGUACAAGUUUAAUGAUUUCUUACACUUUAGGUAGGUAUAGUACGUUGACCUGAAAUUUGCACUGAAAUUCAAAACAUGUUUCUGAAUUUCUGCUAAGAACUAGUAUUCUGUCAGUAAAUACCAUUAAAAUUUAGUGUUAUAACAAUGUCCUUUAUCAAUCACUGCAACGUUAAUUAUUUCCAUAUUAAUCUGUUAAAUUAAUCUGACCAAAAACAUCUAGGAUUAGAUCAUUAUUGCAGUGAUCAAUAUAUUUCAAGUCUAACUGAUGCGGUGUAGCUUUUCAUUUCUUAAACAACCAUGUCGGAAGAUGUAUCCCAUGUCCAUAUUCCAGGAUGACAAUGGCAAUAAUUAUUGGGCUCAAACUGUGAAAGAGUGGUUCAGGGAGCAUGAGGAAUCAUUUUCACAAAUGAAGUGGCCACCACAGAGUCCUGACCUUAACCUCAUUGAAAGUCUUUGGGAUGUGCUGGAGUAGAGGGUGUACAGUGUUCUGACUGUCAAUACACAAUCUCAGCCAAAAAUUAAUGCAUUUCUUAAUGAAAAUAAAUGUUGUGAUGUUGCAUAAGGUUGUCGAAACAAUGCCAUGAUGAAUGUAGACUGUAAUCAAAUCUAAAGGCUGACCCACAAAAUACUUUUUUUAGCCAGCUAAUCUAUGAAUCAGUAUUAAUCAUACUACUAAAAUUAAUGUGUAUAUAAAAAUGUUGUCCGGGGGUAGGGUUGCACCAGCCCUUUGUAAGUUCUUAUUGAAAUUGGAACAUAAAUUCCACACUAGAGGCUUAGUAACUACUAGUUAGUUUGUAACUAACCCUGUACUUUUUGUAAUUUUGUUCUGAAAGCAGGAGACAGUAAGUUGUAAGCUAGUCGUAAAGUAAUGCAUAGUCACACAAUAUGAAAAUUACCUUCAAUGUUCCAAUAGUGCAUUUCAGUUUAUCAUCUUUAAGUGGAGUCUAACUUCUUUUGUCCCAAGUAACUAAUGGUAAAAUUGUUUCCAUUGAAAUACGAUGUUUAAUCACAAAAUAAUAUAAUAGGUUUUUUUUUUUUUAAUGUAAAUAAUAUUAUAAAUAACAAAAUAAAAAUUUGUAAAUACAAAUAACAAAUUAAUAAUAAGUGAUAAAUAAAUGCUAAUGAAAAAAAACAAGACAUUUAUUUUGGCACAUAAGAGUGAUACACACAGAGGUGCGCUGUUUAGAUCAGGUUCAUGUUGGAGAACUCCCAAGUAAUUUUUUUUUUUUUUUUUUAAGUGUAAACAAAUGUAAACAUCAACAAUCAUAUGUCUAAAGGAUUGAAUUCAGUCAGAUAAAGCAUGAGCUUAUUGAUGCAAUUCAAUCAAUCUGCUAUUUUGUUCCAAUCGUUACUCCUGGUUGGAGGCUUUCGUAAAUUUUAGUGUAAUAAAGAUUAAAAACAAAUGUACAGUUACAUUUAAUGUUGCAAUGCUCAAAUAUUUAAUACCACGCAAAUAGUGCCUAUUUACAACUAGGUUUGUGUUUUUUUUUUUUUAAGCACAGCUGGUGCAACCCGACCCAGGCAGAUAAAAAUCUGAUAUGCAUCUAUAAUCGCCAUUCUGAAUCCCAGUUACUCACAAAAUCUUUUUUCUUUUCUUUUCUUAGCGCCAUGCCAUCUUCUAUGGCUAUAUUCAUGGCGAGAGAGGUUUAGUAUAAAAAAAAAAUAAAAUAAAAUAAAAUUGUUUAAGAUUCAUUUUUUCUAAAAACCUUAGAACUAAAUUUGGAUUUACUUCAAAAGAAUCAACAGAAUAAAAAAAAAAAUUCUUAAAAGGGUAGAAGUGUUACAGUCCAGUAAAAUAUGUUUAAUGGACAGUGGAUUCAGGCAAGAUGGACACUUUGGAUAAUUUUCUACUAAAAGUAAAAAUUAAUGUGUUAGUCUUGAGUGUCCUAUCCGGCAUCUUGUAUAAACAACUUGAUCCCAGCGAUUAUUAAAAGGGAAUAUAUGUUUUGUUCCAACAUCCGGAUUUAAUUCAUGUAAUUUGAUGUUUAAGCACUGAUCACAAAAUCAUAAUAUAAUUUUCCCCAGCACUAUUAUAAACUGAAAGAUUAGUAAUUAAUUUCUGCUUUCAACUCAGCAACACUUAUAUAAUUAUUGAUGAAAGGGCUGGAUUGGGCCUGAAAAUUUUCACAACUACAAAUAGUUUUUUUUUUUUUUUCACUCUUCAUUGUGGACAUAAAUACAAGUAGCAGUGCCUCUAUGCAAAUUAGAAAUAUAUAAAAACUCAGAGAACCAGAUUAAAUUAGGAUUAAAAACUGUUGAGUUUUCUCUGACUGUUACAAUGAGUUUAAAAGAAAGGUAUGUGUGAAAUUUUCCCAGGGUUAUUUUGGACUCUCAAUAUUUUCUCAAUCACAUUCAGUAUAAGUUUUCUGUUACUACAAAUUGUACAGAUAAUAUAAUAAGAUUAUAUAGUGGCUGAGCCUUUCAGGAGAUUUUUUUUUUUUUUUUU